CUCGUCUUCCGCUCCAUUCCACAAUCGCGCAUCUCGCGGCAGCAGGAUCAAAUUAUGGAGGGAAAUCAAUCGAGCUCGAGACGGAGAAUGGAGUUGCUCGGAAAAAUCAGAGACUUCACUAGAUCGCUGGUGAAAGCUCUCAGCGAGGGACGAUCGCCUGGGAUUUUCAUCGACAAAUUCAGUAACUACUGCACGAAUCCUCAUGGAAAUUGCUGUUGCGGCUCUGAUUUGCCUGAGGGGCAGGAAAUCUUGACGAUCCAAAGAGAAUGCAGCGCUCGCAGGAUAGAUGUCCUGUUGAGAGUGUUGGUUAUUGUUCAGACGCUACUUCAAGAGGAUAGGCAUGGGUCUAAAAGAGAUAUAUACUACAUGCACCCUUCAGUAUUUUCAGAACAAUCCGUAGUUGAUCGGGCAAUCAAUGACAUAUGCAUCAUUCUGCAGUGCAGUCGUCACAAUCUGAACGUGGUGUCUGUUGGAAAUGGGUUGGUUAUGGGCUGGUUACGAUUUGUAGAAGCUGGAAGGAAGUUUGACUGCAUAAAUUCUCCUAGCAGUACCUUUCCUGUUCCAGUAUACGUGGAGAAAGUCAGAAGUAUCUGCACUAUCAAUUUAUAUGCAACCAUUGUGUUCCAAAAGGCAGUCCCAUAUAUCGUUAGUGUUGCUAAGUACAUAUUGAUUGUGGAGAAGGAAUCAGUCUUCCAGCGUUUGGCCAACGACCACUUCUGUGACACGAACCGCUGUAUUGUCAUCACAGGAAGAGGCUACCCAGAUAUUCCCACAAGAAGGUUCUUGCGACUCCUCAUUGAGAAGCUGCGGCUGCCUGUGUAUUGCUUGGUAGAUUGUGAUCCAUAUGGCUUUGAUAUCCUUACUACCUAUCGUUUUGGUUCUAUGCAAAUGGCCUACGAUGCAAAAUUUCUGCGCCUCACCGGAAUACACUGGCUUGGCGCUUUCCCCUCUGACGUUGAGAAAUAUAGCAUUCCCCAACAGUGUCUCCUUCCAUUGACAGCAGAAGGUAUAGUUUCUCUACAACAAAACUUCUUAAAGUUUCCUAUCGCCCAUUUCCAUGUUCUUUCUGAAUCCCUUCCCAUUUUGGUUGCUAGACAAAAGAAGAACCGAAAAGAUGUUAAACAGAUGCUACCUGGAGAAGCAAGUCCCAGAGUGGAGAUGGGAACUGGAGCUGAUGCUGCAGCGGGGAGUGAAGUUCGAGAUCGAAGCGCUGGCUGUUCAUUCUCUUUCCUUUCUGUCGCAGCAAUACUUGCCGUCCAAGAUUCAUGGUGGGUUGCAUCUGUGAUCCCACCUCUGAGAAUUUGGUAAUAUCUCUCUGUCCUUCGGCUCAGUAUCUUCAGUAGCCACGAUCAUUUUCUUCGACACAUCAUCUUUUGUCUCAUAUCUUCUCAAAUGACCCGCUCAUUUUGGAUGAUAUCAAUUGCAGAGGUGUAAACCUUUAAAUGCAUCGAUCCAAAAGAAAACUGUGUACUUAUGAGAAGGCCUCUGGUCAGAAAAUGAACUUGUCAAAGUCAGUAAUCGUCUUUAGUGGCAACAUCCUCCUGGCGCCUGCUUUGCAAUCUACUUUUAUGUUUUUUCUAGGCGUCAGUUUCAUGGAUGACUUGGGGCGUUAUUUGGGCUUGCCGUUUGUCUUCGGUCGGAGGCGCACCACGGUCUUCCAAACUUUGAUAGAGUGCGUGGUUAUGGGUUGGUUCGUUUUGAUGAUGUGGCGGGUUUCACCAACGUGAUUGGUCGAGUAUAUAAACUUUUUUGGGUUAAAAUAGUAUGAUUAGACAAUUUUGUUACCCACGUCAGCAUCAAACUAAUGUUAUAAUGAAGGCUGACAGAGACUAAGAAAAAAUGAUAAAAAUGAAAUAUUAAAUUAAUUUUGUAAUGAUCACAAAUGUAAUGAAAUGUUUUUAGUGACCAAAAUGUGAAACAUUUUAGUAGUG